AUGACGCAAGCCCCGCCCCCAGCACCCACGCCUCGAGUCGGAGCUCCACAACCCCCCGGUCGUCGUCCGAGUUGGUUCCACGUACCAGCCCCUGAUGUCAACAAGCAAACGGCAUCGCGUUUCCAAAAAAUGAAAUCCGAUCUACGCGACCUCAGCCUCCACACGGUCUGUGAAGAGGCAGCCUGUCCGAACAUUGGCGAAUGCUGGAAUGGUGGCACGGCGACUAUCAUGCUGCUAGGCGACACCUGCACCCGUGGCUGCCGUUUCUGCGCCGUUAACACUGCCUCUAAACCGCCGCCCGCAAACCCAGCCGAGCCGCUCAACACGGCGGCCGCAGUCGCCAAGUGGGGGGUUGAUUAUGUGGUCCUCACCUCCGUAGAUCGCGAUGAUAUGCCUGAUGGGGGCGCCGACCAUUUUGCACGCACGGUCGAGUAUCUGAAGAUGUAUUGCCCGAAUAUGCUUGUGGAGUGCCUCGUCUCUGAUUUUCGUGGCGAUUUUGCGGCGGUUGACCGCUUGGCGAAUUCGGGACUUGACGUUUAUGCCCAUAAUGUUGAGACAGUCCAACGCUUACAGCGCUAUGUGAGAGACCCAAGGGCGAGCUAUGAACAGAGCCUCUCCGUGCUCAAACGGGCGAAGGAGUCUGGUGUAUAUACAAAAACAAGCCUUAUGCUUGGCCUUGGCGAGACCAACGAGGAAGUGCGACAAGCUAUGUUGGAUAUAAGAGAAGCAGGCGUUGAUGUACUCACACUCGGACAAUAUUUGAGACCCACUGAAAGGCAUUUAAGUGUCGUAGAAUACGUAACACCAGAGAGGUUUCGACUUUGGGAGGAAGAGGGAAAAGAAAUGGGAUUCCGGUAUGUCGCAGCAGGACCGCUCGUCAGGAGUUCUUAUAAGGCGGGAGAAUAUUUCCUGAACAAUAUGAUCCGGCAAGACAAGGGACACAAUUAA